AUGGCCAGUGCUGCAUUUGCAUCAUCUCCACAAAUUGCAACGUUCCUCUCAAAAUCUUCUUCUCCUUCUUUCCAUUUUCAACCACGCUUUUCCUCUCUAAGCCUUCCAACUACUCCAUCUUUCUCUCCCAUUAUCACCACACCCAGAAAAUCCAUCCUUUUUCAAACUAACUCCAAACUUCUCCCGAUUCCCGUCGCUGCUGCAGCUGUUGAAGACGUCACCGUUGAUGCUACAGAGCAACUGGUCUCCACCACUGAUGACGGAGUGUCCGUAAUUGUAUCGGUUCUUUUCUUCGUUGCUUUCAUUGGCUUAUCCGUUAUCACUGUUGGGGUAAUCUAUUUAGCAGUAACAGAUUUUUUGAUAAAAAGAGAGAAGGACAAGUUUGAGAAAGAAGAAGCUAAGAGUGGAAAAAAGAAAAAGAAGAGGAAAGUGAUUAGGGCAGGACCUAGAAGAUUUGGUAAAAGGACUUUUAAAACUGUGGACGAUGAUUGA